CGCCUGCCACCAAUAGCGAACGCCGAUCCGCGUCCGUCGGGUUUUUCGCAUCGUUAAAUUGGUAUGGCGUUCACUACAGACUUACCGCGGGACUGAGCAGCACGUCCUCCGCCUGAAUCGCCGAAUCCACCGUUAACCGGUUAACCGCGAAUUACACCGUCUCGACCGACGCCGACAAACAACAAGACGACAUCCGGUCCGGAAACAACAAACGAAGUAUAAUCGACAUCAAGCACACGGUUGAUAUAAACAUGGGCACGUAUCUGAGCAAACCGAUCACCGACAAGGAAUCUCAUGACACAGACAACGGGUGGCUGUCUUGCGGUUCUAGUUCCAUGCAGGGCUGGCGUGAGUCUCAAGAGGAUGCUCACAACUGUUUGUUGGAUUUUGACAAGAGUGUUGCACUCUUUGCUGUUUAUGAUGGUCAUGGAGGUGCUGAGGUUGCUCAGUAUGCAGCUGAAAAGUUGCCUUCCUUAGUUAAAAACACCUUGUAUGAUGAUCAAGACUACGAAAAAGCCUUGAUAAAGGCUUUCAUGGACUUUGACGACAGUCUAAUUGAGACACCCAUUGUUGAAAAAUUAACUACUCUCCGAGAAGAACUUAAUGAAGAAUGUGCUGAUGAAGAGGAAGAAAAAGAAGAACUCAACGAACUUUAUGAAGAAGCUAAAAUGCCAAUUGAAGACAUAAUAUUGAAGUAUAAAAAUAAAAUAAUAGAAAUGGAUCAGAACAAAGAAAAACGCAUUAGCAGAGAAAGUGAAGAUGAACCGAGUUCUUCUAAAGAAUCUUCAAUUUCAAAGCCCGAAUCUAGUGUUGAAUCAAAUGAUGCCUGUGGUUCUAGUAGCAGCGUAACAGAUGACGAUAAAAAAAAUGUUGGUAAUGGAAUUGAUGAAUGUAAAUCUAAAGAUGCAUCAGCUGAAAGUUCAUCAAGUUCUAAAGUCAAUGGCACACCAAAUGAUGACGAGGAAAAAGAUGCAAUUGAAAAACCUGUUCCUGGAAGUUGUGCAUUUGAAUGGGGGCCCAGCAGUAGUAAUGGGCAAAACGGUUCAGAAAAAAGUUCUGGAACUGCGUGUUUAAUUACUGAAGAUUCAGAAGAUGACACUGAUGAUGAUGAUGAUGAAAUGUUCGAAGCCUCAAUUAAGUUGGAUGAUGAAUCAGAUUCAGACAGCGAUGAAGAAGAAACACCGAGUAAUAGUUUUGUAUAUGAAGAAGAUGAAGAAGAGGAUAAGCCAGGAAAAGAUAGUGGAUGUACAGCAGUAAUGGCUCUAUUAGUAAACAAUAAACUUUAUGUUGCUAAUGCUGGCGAUUCAAGGUGUGUUGUUUCUAUUAACGGAAAAGCUCAUGAUAUGUCAAAAGAUCAUAAACCUGAAGAUGAACCAGAGUUAAAGAGGAUUUGUAAAGCUGGUGGCAGGGUUUCAAGUGAUGGCCGAGUGAAUGGAGGCUUAAAUCUGUCCAGAGCUCUGGGUGAUCAUAAUUAUAAAAAAAAUAAAGAUCUUCCAAAUACUGAACAAAUGAUAACAGCUCUACCUGAUGUGACUGUCUUGGACAUGACACCAGAUAAUAACGAUUUUCUAGUAUUAGCUUGUGAUGGUAUUUGGAAUUCAUUAAACAGCCAGGAAGUUGUUGAUUUUAUUUUGGAACGUAUCAACAAACCAGAUGUCAAAUUAUCAUCAAUUUGCGAGGAUCUGUUCGAUCAUUGUUUGGCACCCAAUACAUUAAGUGAUGGCACUGGUUGUGAUAAUAUGACAUGUAUCAUUGUUAAGUUAAAACAAAAUCAAAAGCGUUCUCGUACAGAUGACGAAGAGGAUGAUGCAGAAAGAGCUGAGACUAAAAAACAUAAAACAGAUUCAACGGAACCUGAAUCUGUACAUUAAUGUUCCUCCUGGCAUCGAAGAUUUGAUUUGACGAGCUGUUUGUAUUUGUUUCUGAAUUUUACAGAUGCAUGCGACUGAUUUAUGGAUUAAUUUCUUUCUUAAAUU